AUGAAACUUUCCAUCCUCGGUUCAUUACUUUUUAUGGCCUUACCAGCCUUUUCGACCCCAGUGGAAGAAAGGUCAAACGAACAUCUCAAUAACCUCCAACUGAGAGCUACUCAAUCAAGUCAAGGAUGGUACGCUUAUGGAUGUUAUUUUGAUUGCUACGACGGUAUGCACAGACGAUUACCAAUCUUAGCUUACGUCGACGAUAACAACAAUCCUGAUAUGUGCAUUCAACACUGUUUGGAUAAAGGUCAUAAAUACGCAGGUUUACAAUGGGGUAAAGAAUGUUAUUGUGGUGAUGCAUUAGCUGGAGAACUUGCCAAACCUGAUGAGUGCGAUCAUAAAUGCGCAGACGGUAAGAACAAAUGUGGUGGUCCAUGUCGAAACAAUAUCUGGUCAGCAUUCAGAAAACCAGGACAUUAA